CGUUUUAGCGCCAGCGUUAAACAACGUUUUUGUCCGUUUAACCUCGUGGCCAAUGGGUGCACGCCGGCCGAGCGAGGCGCACUGGUUCGCCUCCGUGUACGACCCGAUCGCUGCCGGGUCUAUCGACGGCGCCGAGGCCGACGUCGCGCACGACAAGGCUCUCCUCCGCGCCCUCCACGCGCCGUACGACGCGGCGCGCGAUCCCAAGAUCGUUGGCGACCCGCUCUGCACGCUCUUUGUCGGGCGCCUCAACUACGCGACGACCGAGGAGACGCUGCGCGGCGUCUUUGGUCGCUUUGGCGAGAUCCGUCACUUGCGAUUGGUGCGGCACGUCGUGACGCAGGAGAGCCGCGGGUACGCCUUCAUCGCGUACGCCCGCGAGAAGGACUUUGAAGCCGCCUAUCGAGCCACGAACCGAAUGCUUCUCGAUGGACGUCGAAUCCUCGUCGAGUUUGAGCGGGAGCGCGUCAUGCCCGGCUGGAAGCCUCGGCGUCUCGGCGGGGGCCUCGGUGGGAGAAAAGAGUCUGGUCAGCUACGUUUUGGCGGCCGCGAUCGGCCAUUCCGCGUGCCACGAUCCUAGUAUAACUGUAUUG